GUGUGAUACGGAUGCCGCAAUCUUUGUCAGUUUUUAAUCAAAAGAUCAUCAAUGAUUACAGUAUAAAUACAUAUUGAUGAUUUGAUUAAAAUACAUAAUAUAAAUAAGAGCACAACCAAAACACUGCACAGAACACAGCAGCUUUACCGACAUGAAGGCAUUCAUUGGACUCGUACUCCUGGCGGCGGCGGCAUCAGCCAGCGUGCGCCCGGCGGAGAGCGACCCCUGGACCGAGGACCUGCUGCUCCCCCACCCGGACUGCAGCAAGUUCUACAAGUGCUCCUACGGCGAGCCCGUCGAGCAGGACUGCCCCGCCGGCCUGCUCUACAACGAGAAGCAGCAGUACUGCGACUACCCCGAGAAUGUCAGCUGCGGGCAGGCUGCCCGUCGUAGCGGCGAGUGGCUGCCCAAUGGCUGCCCUUCUAGCCCCACUGUCCACUGGCUGCUCCCGGCUGAGAACUGCAGCCAGUACUACCAGUGUGUGAGGGGAGAUAAGGUGCUGCUGCAGUGUAUGGCGGGACUGCACUACAACAAGGUUCUUCAGGUGUGCGACUACCCUGAGAAUGCUGGUUGUGCUUAACUUCCUACUACUAUCGCCAUCGUCCGUCGACGCCCACUGCUGGACGUUGGCCUUUAUGGCCUCUUACAAGAAACACCACAGUCGGCCUUAUUCCACAACUUCCCUUAAAAAUCUGUAUAAUUUCAAAUUGUAUAUAUUUUUUCCUAACACAUUAAAUAAAAUACUUAUAUUAUUUAAAAA